AUGGCUCCGGUCACCGUAGCCUCGUCGAAGUUGCGGUCGCGGAUUCAAGGAAGUCUCGGCUGUGUUCAAUGUGUGGAUCUGGUAGAAUGUCCUACUUCAGGUCGACUUUUCAUCGACAAGCAUACGCUUAUGACCUCGUAUACGUCUGACGGUCGCAAUGCAAGUGCCGCAGCACUAAAGGAAUUGGAUCUUCACCUUUCGCUUCGGGAUGUCGAGCAUAUCGUGCAAUUGGAACGACAUUCGUUUCAAGGAGAGAGACUUCACCUACUAUACGAACACUGUGCUCGCGGAGAUUUGCUUGACAUCAUGCAACAGGAACUUCGACUGCUAACGGCAGGUGUCUCGCCUCAUAGCUCUUUUAUAAUGACUUGCACCGAUGCAGGUAGACGUGGUGUUUUCACCGCCAUGCUUCGGGGAGUACAAGCCCUACACAACGCCGGAAUUGCACACUUGGACUUGUCGCCGGAAAAUGUUUUUGUCACGGCAUCUGGUAUCGUCAAGGUGGGAGAUCUAGGUCAUGCUCAGCGAUUCAAGCACGACCGACCAAGUGUUCAGGUUAUUCAAGUUGCCAAAGAGGCCUAUGCGGCACCAGAACUGUUUGCUCGAACGGAAGUAGACGAUGCGCGUCAAGCCGAUGUCUGGUCGCUUGGUGUCAUCCUUUGGACAUUGUGUACCAAGCGUGCUUUAAUACGACGUCCGUCAACUGACAGCGACAAGCUUUUCGCUCGGAUGAUUGAAUGCGGUACAGCCUUCGCUCUUAAGGAGACUGGUGUCUUAUCGCAAGUACCAGCCGCGUGUGUCGACCUACUUGUUGGUCUUCUUGAGGUGAACCCCAAAUCGAGACUGUCGGUGACGGCAGCGUUGCAGCACCCGUGGGUAACACAGGAAACUCCCAGCAGAUCCCAGUAUCAACGGCAGUCCAUCGGCAAUUUGAUCGUGAAGAAGGGCAAGCACCAGCAUCCAGGCGAAAAAAAGACUCAAAGUUGCACUGACAGCGCGGAAAUAUGCACUCGAAUCUACGCGUGUCACCUAAGCGUCGCGAAGUCUAGCUCAAUACCCUUUCGUCUAUUCGCUAGACACUCGGAAGAAACGUGCAGCAUCCACAAAUGUAGAUGA